AUGGACUACUCAUCGCCUCUCUCCUCGCCGCCGGCAUCCAGUAUAAUCUGCGGCUACGAGAGCGACAGGGACCCGGGUCAAGAUGCCGAUCAUAAUCACAAGAUUGACCGCCCUCCCUCUAUUGAUCCCGACGAAGCGUUGUCCGAGGUAGAUUUCAUCCUGACAUCACCACGAGCGGAUUCGCCUCCAGGGGCCGAGAUCGUCGUGCAGGUCGACCGAGAACACGAUGAGCCAAUUGGUGAACCAGUUCACGAUUUGAUCGAUGUGGCUGCCAGCGAGCCAGACGUCGCGACCAUUGCUACAGAAGAGAUCCACUCGUCACCGCCGUACACGGCCAACGCGUUUGCUGUCGUAAAGGCACUUUUACCGGUGCCGAAAGCGAAGCGGGUGCAGAAGAGGGAAAGCAAACAGAGUCAAGGGAAGGCAGAGCCAGAAGACAAAGAAGAGUCGGAGGAAGCUCCAGUCCAGCGAAGCCGGGCAAGAUCAAAGAGCGAGACCAAGACGCCCGCCAGGACGCCGAGAAAGGCGACGAGCAAGCAGUCCACAGUUGUGGCUGAAGAGAACAGCACCAAGACGGGGGACCAUGACACACAACAGCCUGCAGCUACCGAACCAGACGUGCCCGCCGUGCCCGCGGUCACGACAACACGUUCGGGCCGGCGUGUCGUCCAAAAGCACUAUGGCGACGAGCCGUCGCCGCCGUCGGCCAAGGUGACGACCAGGACACGGACACCUGCCAAAGCCAAAGACGAGACGGCCAAGACCAACAAGGCCGCCCCCUCGACAUCGGCCUCCGCCGCUGUGGCUGUGAUGCGCCGCCGCAAACAGGCAGCUGCUCGUUGGCAGACGGACUUUGUGCUCGCCAACACGCGCUCGCCACUCACCCAGUUUGAUUUGCGGACACUGCUGUGCCAGCCAGAGGCAUGGGACGUCCUCGACGCGGACGAGAAGCGGGGGGUGCUGGCGCGUCUUCCGCCGGGCGCCGUUGUUCUGGAUCGAGACACGCCGGAGCUGGCCCGCCCCGACGUGGCCGCUCUGGAAAACGACAACAAUUUCCGGCACGACUGUGCGCGGUACCGGUCGGACCUGGCGGCCGGGUUCUACAACAAGCAGUGGCUGGAGGAGGCGUUUGAGGCGCACGCGAUGCGGUCCACGGGAUUGUUUGAUGCGUAUGUGCUCGACUCGUUUGAGAGCAGCUGGGGUGUCACGGUGCCGGACGAGCUGCGGCCGGAGGCGCACAGGGCAAAGAAGGUGGACGAGGCAAACGUCGUGCCCAGCACGUCGCUGAAACGAGGCCGGCGGGCGUCGAAAGCAGACGAGGCCAAGGCAGGUGACGGCGACUUUGUCGCUGCCGCCGCCGCUGCCAUCGAAGCAAGAACAAGCAACGUGCUCGACGGAGAUGAGGCGCAGCCAGUCAAACCCAAAACGACUACUGAGACAGACACGUCCAACAAAAGUUUACAAAGGCAGAAGCAGGCUAGAGUGGACACGGCAAUUGACAGCGUGGAGGAGGCCUCUUCCGUACCAGCCAAACGCAAGGUUUCCGUCGACAUCGACAGCGCUGAUGCCACCGAAGCCGUCGACGUUCCCAUGAGGAGCCGGAAACGGAUGACGCCUAGCAUGGGCACUGGAGUCGCGGCUGCGUCGCAGGGCCCGAAGGAUAACGAUCCAGUGGAGGAUAGCAUCGAAAGUAAUGAACCGAUACGACGACAUGGCAUUCGAGCUACACUCUACACUAUUCCCGUGACCUUCCUACGUCUAUGCCGACUUUGGAGCGGCCGCGGCCGUCGUGCCCAGCCGCUUGGCAAACUUGAUCUCCUUGUUGGCCACGUCAAAGACGGUGACGAGCUGCUGCAUAAACGUGUCCCCCAGGAUGUACGGCAGCUCGCUGCGCGCGCCCACGCCCGACAGACACAGGUUCUCGCCCACGCCGGCGCCGGGCGGCGGCGGCAGGAUCAUGCUCUUGGGGUCGGUCCAGAUGGUCUUGUCGCCAAUCUGGACGCCGAGGCUGGGCGGCGUGGCGUCGCAGCGCACGAUCCAGGCGCCCUGGUCCGGGUCGAACUGGGCGCGCGGCGUGUAGAGCUGGUUGAUGGCGAGGGCGACGUCGUACGAGAAGAGGUUGAGCGUGGUGCCGCUGUCGACGAUGAUGGGGACGUCGCGCAGCGGCUGCUGAUCCAUGGUGAGGGUGCUCCGCCGCAGGAGGCUGCUGUUGUACUGGAGCGACUCGAUGCUGAUGGUGUAGUACAUGUAGCGCGCUUGCCGGCUGGCGCUGCCGCUGGCGCUGACGCUGCGCAUCACCGUCUUGACAAUGGGCGUGGUGACCCAGCCGAGCGCCGGGUCGACGGCAAUGUGCGCGGGUGCGCCGCCAAAGGCCAGAAACGACUGCUGCGGGUCGCGCGACAGCGCCAGGCUGAACUGCGUCACGUUGUUGCCGCUGCUGCUGCUCGCCAUCGUCGCCACCAGCGGGCUGUACUCGACGGGCGUGCGCAGCUGGUCCGCCAGGUCGCCCGCGCGCGACGUGCUCACGGCGCCCGGCAGCGCGUUCGUCAGGCCCGGAAGCCCCAGCCCCAGCAGCCCGCUCGAGAUGCCGUCGCCGUCCCAGAAGCCGCGCGUGCCCAGCCCAAUCGUCUGGUUGCGCGUCGUCAGCCCGGCCACCGUCAGGUCCGCGUAGCCCAGCACGCCCUGCAUAAACGGCCCGUUGGCCGACCCGUACGCCACGCUCAGGUGCUGGUUGGCAAUCGCGCCGCCCGGGAAGUCGCCCUUGAACUCGGGGCCAAACCGGCACGCCGCCACCAGCGUCGGCUCGUGGUACUGCGGGUCGAUGCACGAGAACCCCUGCCGCACAAACCACGUGUCGCUGCUGCCCGUGUCGACGACGAGCGACAGGUUGUUGGUGCCCGCGACCACGCUGGUGAGGUACUCAAUGUCGUGGUUGGCCGAGGGGGCGAGGCCGCUGCUGAUGGCGGCGGGGGGCGUGGACGAGCUGGAGUUGGUGGUCGAUGUGGAUGUGGAUGUGCCGUUUGUCGCGUUCGACCCGUUGGGACUGCCGCCGGCCGCGACUGCCUCGUGCCAUGUCGCGUGCAGUGGCCAGACCGCCCGAUCGGGGUUGUGCCAUGGCCGUGGCCGGGCGCGCCUUCCCUGUGCGCCCGGGACAUGGCGCACGAGCGGUAG